AUGGCGGAGGAGUAUCACUUCAGUGAUGACGAAGAGGGGGAUGCUCUAUUGGACCAAGCCUAUGAUCGGUGGGAACAGUUGGGAGAGGCUGCCGCUCGUGGCCCUCUCUUUCAAUUCACCAUGCAACCCAUCGGUCGACGACGCCGUUGGCGUGAUGUAGUGGAACGCGCGCAAUUCAAUGCGCAAUUACGGGAUCCUGUCCCUGGGGAUAACAUUGGCUUGGCUUUGACCGAAGCGUUACACCAGGCCAUUGAAACGGAACUCGGCCGCGAGCAGCGACCUGCCCAUUAUUUUGUCAAUUUUGCCAUCACGGCGCAUGGGUUCACCCACGCCUACCAAACAGCGAAUUUCACGGUGGGGGAGUUUUUACAACGCACGGCUCGUUUGGAUGAGAUGUUAGCUACGUUAGCAGGCAAGUUGAACAGCAAUGAAGCUUUCAACCCCGAUCGCGGUUUCCAAGUGGAUGUGGUGUUUGUCUCCAUGCCUGGUCCAGGGUCCGGUCGACAUAAACAACGCAAUGCGGGACGUCUAUGCCUGGAUCGAGACAACAAGAAAAAACAAUGCAUUAUUACCAUUCGAAACAGAGAUGCCCUAUGCUGUGCCCGCGCCAUUGUCACCAUGCGAGCCCACUGCCAUAAAGACCAAGGCGUGGACGAGUUUCGCGACUGGGACAAUCUCAAACGUGGUCGUCCUGUGCAGUCACGACAAGCCCAGGCCCUCCAUCAGCAAGCAGGGGUGGUUGAGGGUCCCUGUGGUUUACCCGAGCUGCGUCAAUUUCAACAAGCGUUGGGGCCUCAGUAUCAACUAUUGGUGAUGACCCGGAUGAAACCGUUUUUUCUCAUCUUCAAAGGACCUGACGCGCCUCAUCAGAUUCGUUUAUUGAAAUCCAAUGAUCAUUUUGAUGGCUGCACGUCUUUUCCUGCGUUUGUCAACCGCUCCUAUUAUUGCCUGGACUGUGAACGAGGGUUCAACACCAACAAUCGGACCGGUCACACUUGUCAAGGGAGACGCUGCAAAGCGUGCGGUCGAUUUGAUUGUCCAGAUUAUGUGCGCGGUACCCGCCCCACGGAGUAUUGCAGUCUGUGUCACCGCAAGUUUCACGGUGACCAUUGUAAACGUCAUCAUGAAGUCAGCAAGCAAUGUCAAUCCCUCAAAAUCUGUCUCAAGUGCCAGGCCCAGUACACGGUUGUCCCUAACAAACGUCACCAGUGCGGGUAUGCCAAAUGUCCUGCCUGCCAGGAAUGGGUGCCCAUCCAAGACCAUAAGUGUUACAUUCAACCCGUGGUAGAGAAUGAGGAGACUGAAUCAACCGAGGAGGGGGGAGGUAGCAUGGUGGCGCCACCCCCUCCCCUGUUUGUUUACGCGGAUUUUGAAGCCAUGCAAAAUGCAGAAGGUGUGUUUGUGGCCAAUUUGUUGUGUUACUCGUCUAGUGAAGAAACCGCCAUUCAUGUGUUGGACGGGGAGGAUUGUGCCCUACAAUUUCUGCGCGAUUUGGAUGAUCUCACUGAGGUCCUGGACAGCGAGAGUGAGCGGAACAUUCUCGUGGUGUUUCACAGCUUGAAAGGGUUUGACGGUAUGUUUAUUCUGCACGAACUGUACCAGCAACAACGCGAAGUGGUGGAUCAACUGACCGUGGGCGCGAAAGUGUUGUCCUUCAGGAGCGGAGCUGUCAAAUUCAUUGACUCGUUGUGUUUCUUGCCCAUGCCACUCGCCUCUUUUCCUAGCACCUUCAAUUUGACCGAAUUAAAGAAGGGCUUCUUUCCCCAUUUGUNGAACUGUACCAGCAACAACGCGAAGUGGUGGAUCAACUGACCGUGGGCGCGAAAGUGUUGUCCUUCAGGAGCGGAGCUGUCAAAUUCAUUGACUCGUUGUGUUUCUUGCCCAUGCCACUCGCCUCUUUUCCUAGCACCUUCAAUUUGACCGAAUUAAAGAAGGGCUUCUUUCCCCAUUUGUUCAAUACCCCCGACCACCAACAGUAUGUGAGACGCAUCCCCGAUUUGGAAUUUUACGAUCCCGAGGGCAUGAUGGCCAAAAAGAAAGACGACCUGACGCGUUGGCAUGCGGAUCAAGUCCGUCGUAACGUGCGCUUUGAUUUCCGUCAAGAAAUGAUUGACUAUUGCAAAUCGGAUGUGCCUCUGUUGAAAGCGGGGUGUGAAGCUUUUCAGCAAGAAUUUGAACGGCAGGCUGGCUUCAAUCCCAUGGCCAAGUGUAUCACGAUUGCCAGUGCCUGCAAUCUGUAUUGGCGCAAGCACCAUUUGACCCCCGAUACCAUCGCUGUCGAACCACUAGGGGGUUGGCGAGGGGCCCAAGUCAAUCAAUCCCUCAAGGCCCUACAAUGGUUGUACUAUCAAGAACAUCAAAUUCCCAAGGAGGGGGCCAGCGCCGACCGCAUUCGACACGUCCGGAAUGGGGGUGAACAGUCGGUCCGAACCCUCGCCAACAGCUAUUUUGUCGAUGGCUACGAUCCUCUGACCCGCACUGUCUACGAAUUUCAUGGAUGUCUCUACCAUGGCUGUCCCACUUGUUAUCCUAUGAGAGAUGUCAAACAUUAUGCAGUGCCAGACCGAAGCGUCGAGGAACUCUAUCAAGCCACGCUCUCCAAACGCAUGGCCCUGCUCCGAGGGGGUUACACGGUGAUUGAAAUGUGGGAGUGUGAAUGGGACAAACUGGUGGACACGGAUGAAGCCGUCCAAUGUUUCCUGACGUCGUUUGAUCUCCCCCCACCCCUGGAACCCCGUGACGCCUUUUUUGGAGGUCGCACCGGCGCGGUGGCCUGCAUGCAGUGGCUGGGGAGGGCGAGGACAUACGCUAUGUGGAUGUGA